AUCACCAUCAUCUUCAUCAUCAUCAUCGACAGCCUGAGGAGCAACGAAGAUGAAGCUUUCGACAGACCUUUGAAGCCUCGAAAUCAUCCAUACUUCUACACAUCUAGUCGACUGAGCUCGGACUGAAAACUGACUCGGCUGCUCGUACGGGCGUCGUCCGCCAACACUGACUGACGGACUGACGGACUGACGGACUGAUUGACUGACUUCUGACUGACUAUUCAACAUACCAAAUUCACUUCAUCGGGGGAAGAUGGAAGACGCGCAAUCGAGGGCUGCGCUGGCCGUCAUCGACAUGCAAGAAGACUUCUGUGAACCGAAUGGCUCGCUGGCAGUGAGCGGCGGCCGGUCAGUAGCAUCCGUCAUCAACGACCUUCUUGACUGGCCUGGCUUUGUCCUCAAGGUCGGCACGAGAGAUCACCAUCCGCCCGAUCACAUUUCAUUCGCCUCGAAUCAUCCGGGCGCCCAGCCCUUUACCUCGUCUCACACUAUCCAGAGCCCGUCCAAUGCGGCAGAAACACAGACGACCCUCCUCUGGCCCGAUCACUGCGUGGUCGGCACAUCGGGAGCCGAACUCAUCCCUGAGCUGCACCAGCACAAGUUGUCCACGCUCAUCAACAAAGGUGAGGACAAGCGGGUGGAAUCCUAUAGCGGGUUUGGGCCCCCUUUCCGGAACCCAGCAGUCGGCAUGAGCACGCUCGAUGCUACGCUGAAGGCUGCCCAUGUCUCUCGUGUGUUUGUCGUUGGCCUCGCCUACGACUUUUGUGUCAAGUCGACCGCGCUCGACGCCGUGGAACAUGGUUAUGAGACGUUCGUGAUUGAGGAUGCCACCAAAGCCGUCAUGCAAGACGCCGAGAGUCUGGACAAGACACGCUCCGAGCUGCGCAAGGCGGGCGUGGAGAUCAUCUCGAUGGACUCUGAUGUUCUGCACGCGAUCAAAGCAGUCGAGCAAUCGUGAGGUAAAAUGAUUAAAUCACGGUACAUGUCACUUUGCAGAGGUGAAAUCGACCUCAAAGGCCAUCGUCG